AUGCUAAGUUUUCUUUUCCUCUUUAUCAGUUCGAAAAAUAUCACAAUCUCAAAAAGAGGUACUACAUCAUCUUAUACUAUCUAUUAUCCAAAAACUGAACGUGGCGAGCAGCCUUGGUGGCGUUUUGCUGCAAGAGAACUUCAGGCAGGUAUCAAAAAUAUAACAGGGGAGACAAUUCCAAUAGAAACAGAUGAUCAAAAUAUUAAAGAUAAAGCAAUUUUGAUAGGCCCAACUAAGUUCUCUAAGGAGUUAACAACAUUAAAGUUCACAGAUUUAGGUCUUGAUGCAUAUGAGAUACGAUUUGUUAAAGGAGAUCAUCUUAUCAUUAAUGGCGGCUCUCGUGGUACCAUUUAUGGCGUUUAUGAACUCUUAGAAACUUACGCAAAAUUCAGAUUCUACACUUCAUGGAUGGAAUUCUAUCCAGAAGCAGAUGAAUUCAAUGUUGAUUCUGAUGUUAAUAUAAAUGAUGUUGCCGCAUUCCAAUGGCGUCGUAUUUGGGCAACAGAUACAAUUUUGAAUUUCAGACAUAACGUUAGAAAACGAGCAAAUGCAGGCGAUCAAGGUCUAGGAUACGAAGCUGGCGGAUACAAAUGGUCUACAUUUGGCGUUCAUACGUUUUGGACCCAACUUCCCAAAUCCGAAUAUCCUCCAUCGAAAUAUCCCGAAAUGUGGGCACUUUUAGAUAACGGACAGCGUUCUAGCAGUGCACCAUGCCUUACAAAUCAAAAAGCUUUCGAUGUUAUCCUUUCAAAGAUCAUUGCCGAAGUCAAAAAAGAUGAUACUUCAACAUACAUCGACGUUGGCCACAACGAUGAUAAUGAUUAUUGUCGUUGCCCUAAUUGCAAGGCAUUGUUCGAAAAAUAUGGUCAAUGA